UGUGUCACACCCAAAGGAAGUGACCGUCAUAUUUUCUUGGAAGAGAAUUAAGAAGAAAGUGAAAAAGGAUUGGAUGGAAAUGGGAGUCGUAAGCCUUCAGAAACCGCGUUGGGAGACGAAGAACAGCGUCAACCGCCAAUAACAGCCUUCUUUCUUUCUGUGAGCUUUUGGGAUCUCCAACGAGUCUGUAAAGACAAAUCUUUCCCUAAUCAGUGGAUAAGUCUGUUCUUAAUGAUCGAGAGGAAAAUUUUAGCUUAUUUGCUGUAAAUUGUAUUCUUCUUCUUGCUUAAUUCUUCGAAACGUAGUAAGUAAUUGUUAGAGUUCUUUGUUUCUGAUUGUGUUGUUUAUCAUGGGAGACGUGAAGGACAAGGUCAAGGGUUUCAUGAAAAGGUUUAAUAAUACGUUGUCUUCUUCUUCUUCUUCAAGUUUCAAGGGCCAGGGAAGAGUUUUAGGAUCGCCUUCUUCUGGGUCGACUAGUUCUAUACCUACCCGCCCAUUGCAGAAUCCCAAUUCAAAGCCGAAGCUGGUUAAUCCACCUUCAGAUUCCUCGGCAGAUUCUAAGCCCCCGGUUGCGAAUUCGAUUGCCACUGAUCAAAACAGGUCAGACCUGUCGAAUAAAUCGAAUCCAGCUCGUAAUCCGGCCGAUGGAUUUGACCCAUUUGAUUCGUUUAUAACAUCUGGGAAAAGAUCGGGAAAUGGGUAUUCUUUAAAUGUGUUUGAAUGUCCGAUUUGUGGCCAAAGUUACAGGUCUGAAGAAGAGGUUUCGGUGCACGUCGAUAGCUGUGUCAACGAUGGUAAAGCCAAGGGAUCAGAAUAUCUGCCUACGAGUGAUGCAGAAUCUCGGAGUGAAUUGGAGGGUUGUGUUGGUACUUUCUUAUCAGGGAAGCCAUCACAAGGUUCGUUGGAUAUUGUUCUGAAGCUUUUGAGUAACAUAGUUCGAGAACCAGAGAAUUCAAAGUUUAGGAAGAUACGUCUGAGUAAUCCCAAAAUUAAGGAGGCAAUUGGUGAGGCUGUAGGGGGAGUGGAAUUGUUGGAGUUUGUGGGUUUUAAAUUGCAAGAGGAAGGGGGUGAAAUGUGGGCAACCAUGGAUGUUCCAACAGAGGAAAAAAUUAACAUAUUAAGUAAGGUAAUAGAUUCGAUUGACCGUCCAAAGCUUGAUGAACAGCAAAAGAAAGCCAGCACUGAAUCUGAGCUGAUUGAACCAAAGAAGGUAGACAGACAGAUUCGGGUAUUCUUUGCUGUCCCUGAAAACAUUGCAGCACACAUUGAAUUGCCAGACUUCUUCUACAAACUCUCUGUUGAAGAGGUUAAAAGAGAAGCUAUAAUGAGGAAACAAAAGAUUGCUGAAUCUCAGCUUUUGGUUCCUAAAUCAUACAAGGAAAAACAGGCAAAAGCUGCUCGGAGGAAGUACACACGAACAGUUAUCAGAAUUCAAUUUCCCGACGGCGUGGUACUUCAAGGUGUUUUUUCUCCUUGGGAACCAACAAGCGCUCUGUAUGAGUUUGUGAGCACAGCACUGAAAGAACCCGGUUUGGAAUUCGAGUUGAUACAUCCUGUCGGUGUUAAACGGCGUACAAUCACUCAUUUUCCUGCAGAAGGAGAGAGAUCUAAAACACUAGAUGAUGAGGAGUUAGUCCCCUCAGCUCUGGUCAAGUUUAGACCAAUUGAAACAGAUUCAGUUGUCUUCACAGGUUUGCGUAACGAACUCCUUGAGAUAAUCGAACCACUCAUUAACGGUUCAGCCGUGGCUCCUCCUGCACAAGUUUAAAUUUAUUUGGAACAAUGGUGAAUGUACAUUUUGAUGUUUGGCCGUUCUGGGUUGAUGUAGUUGUUUCACUAAGUUCCCAUUUACACUCUUGUUGCUCUUCUUUGUAAUCUAUUUUUCUUCUUAGAUGUGAAAAGUCAUUGCAUUAUUUCGAGUUUUAACACUUCUAUACCUUUUUAUGGGUAGUGGACAAAGCAUUUUACUAUUGAAUUAUCUUGCUAAUA